CCCUCUCGGAUUGCGAGCUCUCCCCUUUCUCCCUUUCCACUCCUGCCUCCCAUGUAACGAUAUUUCCGCCCUCAGUAACCCUGAUUUCGACGAAGGAAGCGCAGCAAAGGUUCGAUUUUUCCUCGAAACCCGCGACUCGACUCUGUAAUUCGAACGUUUUUGCCUGCAAUCUUCGUUCGGUUCGGGCCGAAUUCCUCGUCGUCUUCGGUUCUUUGACCUUCGGAAGGAUUUGGGAUCUUUGUCGAAGAUUCCGGCGGUACGUUGUCACGUUCUCCGAGAUUGGUAAAUGAUCUUUGUUGUCGUAGAUUAUUUAGUUUUGGUUCGAAUACGGAGGAGGAGAGCUCUAAAUUGGGGUCUGACGACCCGGAAGAGUAUAAGGGAAGUGAAACCCCAGAAAAGAUGGCUUCUUUGGGUGAAAUAAAGGUGGAGCUCAAUGGAGAAAUGGGCCAUGAAGAGCCUCCUCGGUUCGUUUCCCCAAUUGAGAUAGGUGGUGGAGAUCCAGCUCGGGAGGAGAAAGGGUGUGUUUCUCCAGCGGAAGAUAUUUCCUCUCCUGGGGCCGUGAAGGCAAACGAAGAUCCACUCGCGCGAUCACAUUCGAAUCCGGUGGGAUCUCGUUCGGGUGAAGCGACCCAGGUGGUGCCGUCGAAGCCGGCCCCUUUGAGGGGUUAUGGAUUGAAGAGGAGGAGGAGAAUUAGGAGGGAUACGAACAAAGAUGUAAUAAGCAAUGUUGAUUCUGCUCAGAUUCUGGGACGCAGGCUUUCACACGCGGAGCCGUCAAAGGCUCGUGAUGAUAACAAGCACAUGAGCGAUGGAGAGGGUGAAGGUAAAGGUUCAGCUGCUUCAUUGGCGUCGAUGAACAUAGGAGGCACUCCUUUUCUUGUCGCCCCCACCUCAUUAGAUCCAGAGCUCGAUUUCUUAGUCACGGCUUCUGGUUUCAGUAUAGGCAUAGACUCUGAGAAUAGUGAUGACCAUAGUAGUAAGUCAUCUACAGCUGCAAGUGCUCCAAGGCUGCCGUACGAAGCUAUUGGUUUUGGGAGGGACAGAAGCAACACAAGGAUUGGUGGUGGAAAAGGAUCAGGGCAUGCUGUCCAACAAAGAGGCCAACGGGCAAAAGGAGGCGGAAUCAAUACUGGUAAGAAAUUUAGAGAAAAUCGAGUUAAGAAUGAGAUGGAGAACUCCUACUCGAGCAUUGAAUCUGACUUGAUGAGUUCAAAUAUGUCUUUUGUGCGUGUGGACAGCAUGGGUAGUUAUGGGAAGCAGAGUGAGAAAUCUAUCAACUUUGAUGGUGAACAGAGUGAUGAUGCUAGGCUAAGUGGGGAAGUUAGAUCAGGUUUCUACAUUGAGAAUGGGAAAGUUGGAGAUUCAUCAAGAGAAGAUUUAUAUGCGCAUCUGUCAGGGGAGGAGAAUAAUACUAAAAGUGAGAACAGCCAACCAGGGACAGAUCUUGAUUCCUUUCUUGAAUCAAUUGUUUCUCUCCAAUCGAUAAAAGAAGCACUUGAAAAUGAAAUCCAAAAUAUUGGGGGAAUUGCAAAAGACACAAUAUCUGAUGAUUCUGACAACCAAUAUGAAGAAACAGAAGGGACUAGCUCCCCAAGUGUCGAAGCCAAAUCUGCUGAACUGAACCAGAAGAUAGGGCAUCUGGAAGGCAAAUUAGUUGAAGCAGUAACCAAUGUCAAUGCCAAGGAAUCAAAAAUACUUGAGCUUGAAGCGAUCCUCAAGAAGAAGGAAAGAGAAUGUACCAAUCUUUCGUUCCUUCAAGAGAAGUGCAAGGUGAUGGAGGUUGAGCUUUCAAACCUGCUCGAGAAGAUUAUAGAGGCAGAAAUCGGGUACUUGGUCAUGACAAGAACUACUCAAAGUUGGAGUGUUCUAGCAGAAGAUCACAUUUCUCUUCUUGAGGAGCAGAGAUCUCCAUCUGGGGAUCCGUCAAAGAUGAUGCUUACGGUGAACAGUGCUGAAAACAAACCUAUGAUGUUAAGAAGAGGAGCGGAGGAACUAGAUAAGGAUAUAUCAGUGACCCAAGAGGUCUUGAGACUGCAUGGUAGAGUAUUGAAGUACUCUCUUUGUCUUUCUAUCGAGACGGUGAUACUGUGUAUUGUCUUCGUCUUGUUCAUCAUGCAAUUAUUGCCGUCAUAUAACGGUGUCACUCCCACGUAAUUUUAGAGGAAAAACCCUGUGUACCUUCCAUGUGUUUUAGGAUAUUUCUGUGUAUUUAGUUCUAAGGAAAGAUGAAUUUAAUCA